AUGUGAAGGAAGCUUCUACAUUUCUAACAAAAACAAACGGCACCCAACCAUGUUGGCUACAUCGCUGCCAUCACCAACAACUUUCACUCUCUCUUCACUUCUGCAAACCUUCAAAAAGACCAAAACAACCCCAGUCCACUGCUCCUCUCCACCACCGCCACCAUCAUCCAUGGACCCGCAACCAAAACGCGUAGCCGUCUGCGGCGGUGGGGUAAUCGGGGUUUGCACGGCGUAUUUCCUUGCCAAGAAGGGAGCCGCCGUCACGCUAAUUGAGAAAUCAUCCGUCGCAUGCGCCGCUUCAGGAAAGUCCGGAGGAUUCCUCGCCUUAGAUUGGUGCGACAGCGGGCCUCUAUCUUCUCUUGCCCGUGCCAGCUUCAAUCUUCACCGUUCACUUUCUGAAGAACUUAACGGCACUGAAUCCUACGGCUACCGUCCACUCACUACCCUAAGCCUCACAAUCACUGAAUCAGGAAAACAGAGUCAAUCCUCGCGUGUUCAAAAUUUGCCUUCUUGGGUUGAUGGGCCUGCCCGAGACCUUAGAGCCAUUGGGUCAACUGAAACAACGGCGCAAGUCCACCCCCAGAUGUUCACAAAAACUCUUUUAUCAAAAGCCGUGGAGAAAUACGGGGUGGAAGUGGUGAUAGGGAAAGUGGAUAGUGUUGGGGUUGAGGGAGGGCGGGUAGACUCAGUGGUGCUUGAAGGGGGGCGAGUUAUUGAGUCAGACUCAGUGGUUUUGGCACUUGGGCCAUGGUCUGGGAAGUUUGAGAUGCUGAGUUCUUUGUUUAGAGUUUAUGGGCUUAGAGCCCAUAGUAUUGUUUUGGAGCCUAAAGAGCCUGAUGCUAUAACCCCUCAUGCUCUUUUUUUGAGUUAUUAUCCGGCCCAAGGUGGCAAGCCCAUGGACCCUGAAGUGUAUCCACGUCCCUCAGGGGAGGUGUACUUGUGCGGAAUGUCAUCCGAGGUUGAGGUGCCGGAGGAUCCAGAGCAGAUAGUGGGCGACCCAGAAUCAUUAGAGGUGCUAAAGAGAGUAGCCAGUACGGUGUCGAGCCAUUUGGUAGAAGGAGAGGCACUGUUGAAGGCGGAGCAAGCAUGCUUCUUGCCAUGCACUGACGAUAGUGUUCCCGUAAUCGGGGAGAUUCCCGGGGUGAAGGGUUGUUAUGUUGCCACUGGGCACAACUGUUGGGGUAUUUUAAACGGUCCUGCUACUGGGGCUGCAAUGGCUGAGCUUAUAGUAGAUGGGCAGUCCACCAUUGUUGAUCUUGCUCAGUUUAGUCCUGCCAGAUUUGUUGGGCGUAGAAGAAAGGGCUAGCUGGUAUUUUUGUACAGAAACUGUGAUGAAAGUGUACGCAUCGUUUCCAAUUAAAGAUCUUUGUUUGUUCUGUA